AUGCAGAUUCUCACCCAUUUGUCACAAAAGACCAGUUGGUCCUUUUCAGUUCUGAUGGGUGGGCCAGAUCCAGCAGACACUGAGGAGCAGUGUGUGGUUGCAAGCCUUCACAUUGGGAAGAAUAGAUGUGGACUUAAUUUUGCAGAGUCUUACUGUCACUUUGACUCCACUGUGUGCAAGCAUACACAGAAUUCCUUGACUCCAAGCUUCAAAAGCUGCAAUGCUGACUGGGAAGAUGAUAAUGUACCCGUCAUUGCAGCCUCCUCCAUCAGCAAGAAAACAGGCCAUGACAAGGGCAAUGACACAAACAAUGGUACUGAUGUCAUGAAGGGUGACAAUGAUGAUGAGCCUGACAACCACAGGAACAUGGAUGACAAAGAUGAUGACACUGAUGUUGGUGAGGGUCAGGAAGGUAACAAUGCAGGCAUUGGCAAGGACAAUGAAGGGGAUGAUGUGGGCAUUGGUGAUGACCAGGAAGGUGAUGAUUCAGGGACCGAUGAUGACCAGGAGGUUGAUGAUGCUGGGCAUUCAGACAAGUUGAGCAAUGCUUCCACUCUCAUAUUUAUAUUCUCAACACUUUGGUAUUUAAGUGUUGCAACUUCUCACAAUGGUUCCACUCUUGCAACAUCAUGUUAUCCUAUUGUCUCACCACUGCACAUUCAGACCACACAUCUGAGUAUUGCAAGUCUGGCCAAAACUCCAGCAUAUGUUGCAACACCUUCAUGCAUUGAAAUGCCCAGUUCCAUCAUGGGACUUCCAAGUGUUGCAAUGCCUGAGCACACUCUUGUCCCUUCAGCGAGUAUCCAGCCUUCUGGUAUUUCCAAUCAUCUUUUAUCUUCACAGGAUUUUGGCUCUUUUGGCACAGAACUGGAUAGCAUUCUCCAGGCCAACAUGAUGUCAAUGUUUACACCACAGUGGAACUUUGAUGGCCUACCCCCCAUUAGCUCUAACCCUGCAACUGUCCAUGCUAUGAACCAUUUGAUGUCUCUUACUAGUAGUACUACCAAUCCAUAUCUGGACUAUUUCACAAUGGCAGGGCAAUAUGAGCACUUGACACAAGACCUGCCUUUGUUACCUCCUGCCCCAUCUGAUGACAGCUCUCCACCACCAGCCUCCAAGGCACUUGGGGACCCUCUGCUAGGCUGUCCUAAAUGCAAACCAGUCCCAUCCUUGCAUGCCCAGGUGAAGAAGAAGCAGUCUGAACUCAAGGAUGGUGUGGCAAGGAAGUCAAAGAAAAGGAAGACGGUUCCUUAA